CUCAGCUGUACCUAGUUUGUUUUGGAAGAGAGCGACAGUUGUCUAGUUUUUCACGCCGAUAUCAGUGUUUCUUAUAAAAAUGUCAUCGCCGCUGUCCAAGCCUCAGAUUAUUACGCAUAUUCAGAAGAGUUUGAACUAUACGGUUUUUGACAGUAAAUGGAUUCCCUGCAGCGCGAAGUUUGUCUGUCUGGGAAACUUUCCUAGUGGAACCGGAGUGAUUCAAAUAUAUGAAGUUCACCAAGGCGAGGCUCAGCUCAUAAAGGAGGUAGAGAAACCUAAAGCUAUAAAAUGUGGAACAUUUGGGGCCACGUCUCUUCAGCAAAGACACAUAGCAACAGGGGAUUUUGAUGGAAAUCUCAAUAUAUGGAAUCUAGAGACCCCGGAUGUGCCCGUAUAUGCUGUAAAGGCCCACAAAGAGAUCGUGAAUAGUAUUGAUGGUGUUGGUGGUCUGGGGAUUGGUGAUGGUGCGCCUGAGAUCGUUACUGGAAGCAGAGAUGGUACAGUCAAGGUGUGGGAUCCCAGACAGAAGGAUUCCCCUGUAGCCAACAUGGAGCCAAUGGAAGGAGAAACCAAGAGGGACUGCUGGACUGUUGCUUUUGGUCAUGCCUUUAAUGAUCAGGACCGCUGUGUUUGUGCUGGAUAUGACAAUGGUGACAUCAAACUCUUCGAUCUGCGGAAUAUGUCUCUACGGUGGGAAACGAACAUUAAAAAUGGGGUAUGUUGUGUGGAGUUUGACAGGAAAGACAUCAACAUGAACAAGCUGGUGGCCACUUCACUGGAGGGAAAAUUCCACGUUUUUGACAUGAGGACCCAGCACCCUACCAAAGGCUUCGCCUCGGUUUCUGAAAAGGCUCAUAAGUCGACCAUUUGGCAGGUGAGACAUUUGCCUCAGAACAGAGACAUCUUUAUGACCACAGGAGGAGCCGGCAACCUACAUCUAUGGAAAUAUGAGUAUCCUGCUCAGAGAUGCAAGAAAGACUCUGAUGGUGUUGACGUAGGUGUAGCUGGAUCUGUCAACCUCUUACAGAAUGUCACUCUGUCUACUCAGCCAAUUGCCAGCCUGGACUGGAGCCCAGACAAGCAGGGCCUGUGUGUGUGUUCGGGUUUUGACCAGUCUGUCCGUGUACUUAUUGUCACUAAACUCAACAUAGUUUAACAACUGCACCGCAUAAAAGACUUUUUGUGAUCUGUGCAGCCUAAUAUGGGAAAAACAAAAAACAAACAAGUAUCUGUAGUGCUGCACCACCCGUGUGUAAGUCACAGGCUUAAUGAUGAGUAGUCUUUUAGUAGAAGACACCAAUUUUCUACUGCAAGUCCUGGAGACUGCUCAUGUCCAUUUCAAUCAAUACUCCUUUAAAAAGUAUUUUAGAUUAACUGGGAAACUUGAGUUUGGCCAUUUCUUCCCCCUAUGUUAAAUGAUAUCCCUAAAAAAUGUGUAUUGUCUGGCUGAGCCCUGCAGAUGAUAUUAUCCUUUACUGCAGAGAAGUAUCCCUGUAACGCAAUUAUACAUUUCCUGUAAAGUCUCUAUGUGGAUGGAAAAAUAACUGUAGCCUCUGGCUUGGAAUUACUGUGGGAUCAAGAUUUAUUUUCUCUCAUCAAUUUCUGUUUUUGUAGGAGGAAACUGAAACGUUUUCCGUUGUUGCACUGUCAGUGAACAUUGUUGUAGUUCACUUUUGUCUAUUGUUUAAGUUGUGGCUUUUGACAUGACAUUUUUAAGAGGUGUUUUUCCUAAUUAAAUCUGUAUUUGAAUAAAAAAAAAAAGAUUUCUCAGUUGCUUUA